CGGGAGGGGCUGGAGCCCGGCGAGCCCGCGGGAUACGCCCGCUGCCCGCCGCGGAGAGGCGCCGCCGGCUGGAGGCGAGCGCGGAGCGGACCUGGACGGCGCCCGCAGGGGCUGCCCCGGAUGGGCUGUGGCGAUGAGGGAGCAGGCCAGGCCCUGGUGGACGAGGAUGAGAAGCCACACCCAGGAGGGCACCAAGUGAUGCCUACCCAGCCUCGCCUAGAAUGACUGCCUUGGGAGGGCGGCUCCCUGGGCCCUGGCAGGGCUGCUGAUCCUCACCCUGCAGAACUCCAAGAGCAGGAAGCCAGGCUCUUCUUGUGGAUGCUCUCCUGGCCUGCAGCUCCACGAUGAGGCUCCUCGUGGCCCCUCUCCUGCUAGCUUGGGUGGCUGGUGCCACUGCUGCUGUGCCCGUGGUGCCCUGGCGUGUGCCCUGCCCACAUCAGUGUGCCUGUCAGAUCCGGCCCUGGUAUACACCCCGCUCAUCCUACCGCGAGGCUGCCACGGUGGACUGCAAUGACCUGUUCCUGACAGCGGUACCCUCUGCGCUCCCUGCAGGGACACAGACCCUGCUGCUGCAGAGCAACAGCAUCCUCCGCGUGGACCAGAGUGAGCUUGCCUACCUGGCCAACCUCACCGAGCUGGACCUGUCCCAGAACAGCUUCUCAGACAUCCGGGACUGUGACUUGAGGGCCCUGCCGCAGCUGCUGAGCCUGCACCUGGAGGAGAACCAGCUGACCCGGCUGGAGGACCACAGCUUCGCAGGGCUGGUUGGCCUGCAGGAGCUCUAUCUCAACCACAACCAGCUCUACCGCAUUGCCCCCCGGGCCUUCGAGGGCCUCAGCAACCUGCUGCGUCUGCACCUCAACUCCAACCUGCUGAGGGCCAUCGACAGCCGCUGGUUCGAGAUGCUGCCCAACUUGGAGAUCCUCAUGAUUGGCGGCAACAAGGUGGAUGCCAUCCUGGACAUGAACUUCCGGCCCCUGGCCAACCUUCGCAGCCUAGUGCUAGCGGGCAUGAGUCUGCGGGAGAUCUCCACCUAUGCCUUGGAGGGGCUGCAGAGCCUGGAGAGCCUCUCCUUCUAUGACAACCAGCUAGCCCAGGUGCCCAGGCGGGCCCUGGAGAAGGUGCCCGGGCUCAAGUUUCUAGACCUGAACAAGAACCCACUGCAGCGGGUUGGACCAGGGGACUUUGCCAACAUGCUACACCUCAAGGAGCUGGGGCUGAACAACAUGGAGGAGCUGGUCUCCAUCGACAAGUUCGCCCUGGUUAACCUCCCCGAGCUGACCAAGCUGGAUGUCACCAACAAUCCGCGGCUGUCCUUCGUGCACCCCCGCGCCUUCCACCACCUGCCCCAGCUGGAGACCCUCAUGCUCAACAACAAUGCUCUCAGUGCCUUGCACCAGCAGACAGUGGAGUCCUUGCCCAACCUGCAGGAGGUGGGGCUCCACGGCAACCCCAUCCGCUGCGACUGCGUCAUCCGCUGGGCCAACGCCACGGGCACCCGCAUCCGCUUCAUCGAGCCGCAGUCCACCAUGUGCGCCGAGCCCCCCGACCUCCAGCGCCACCCGGUCCGCGAGGUGUCCUUCCGGGAGAUGACGGACCACUGCCUGCCCCUCAUCUCCCCCCGCAGCUUCCCCCCAAGCCUCCAGGUGGCCAGCGGAGAGACUGUGGCACUGCACUGCCGGGCGCUGGCGGAACCAGAACCUGAGAUCUACUGGGUCACUCCAGCCGGGGUGCGACUGACGCCUGCCCACGUGGGCAGGAGGUACCGGGUGUACCCUGAGGGGACCCUGGAGCUGCGAAGGGUGACUGUGGAAGAGGCGGGGCUGUACACCUGUGUGGCCCAGAACCUGGUGGGGGCCGACACCAAGACGGUCAGUGUGCUGGUGGGCAGGGCUCCCCGGCAGCCAGGCAGGGACAAGGGAUGGGCACUAAAGCUUCGGGUGCAGGAGGCCCAUGCCUAUCGCAUCCUGCUGUCCUGGGUCCCCCCACCCAACACAGUGUCCACCAAACUCACCUGGUCCAGCACCUCUGCUCUCCGGGGCCGGAGGGCACCUGCUCUGGCUCGCCUGCCCCGGGGCAUCCACAGCUACAACAUUACCCGCCUCCUGCAGGCCACAGACUACUGGGCCUGCCUGCAAGUGGCCUUUGCUGAUGCCCACACCGAAUUGGCUUGUGCAUGGGCCAGGACUAAAGAGGCCACUCCUUGUCACAGAGCCCUAGGGGACCGGCCUGGGCUCAUAGCCAUCCUGGCUCUCACUGUCCUCCUGCUGGCAGCUGGGCUUGCAGCCCACCUUGGCACAGGCCAGCCAAGGCAGGGGGUGGGUGGGCGGCCUCUCCUUCCAGCCUGGGCUUUCUGGGGCUGGAGCGCCCCCUCCGUCCGGGUAGUGUCUGCACCCCUUGUUCUGCCCUGGAAUCCGGGAAGAAAGCUGUCCAGAUCAUCAGAAGGGGAGACAUUAUCACUGCCACUGUCUCAAAAUUCCUGAAGCUCAGCCAGUUCUCAGCAGUAGAAAAAUAACUAGGACUACUUUUUACCGAAAGGGAAGCAAUCUGGGCUAGAUGCCCUGCCAGGGAAGUGGAUGGACCCAUGUGCUUGAGGCCUGGCAGCUGGACCAUGACAGAUGGGGCUCUGUGUCUCCGGGGGGUGCUCCUGUGACCUCCAGAAAGUUCCUCUUGCCUGUGGGGGUCCUCUGCUGCCAUUCUGAGGACAUCUCCAAGGCACAGGAGGACUCUGGCUGGAACCUCCCACUUCCCCAUUUAUCUACGCGCCCAGAGGCUGCUGGGCUUCUGCUUGGCUUCUGCUUGGUUGUCCCCUGCCUGUGCCCCAAGGCCCUUGGCCCGAAGGAUGCACCUGCUUCCUCUUCCUUUCUUUGUACAGUCUCAGUUGCUUGCUCGUUCCCCUCCUGGGCAAGGGCUGAGGUGGCCUCUCCUUCCCAUCUCAGGGGUAUCCCCCAAACCAAGAGUGGCCCCUUGCUGGAUCUGAAGGACAUCUAGGCAGAGGGAUGCCCAGGGAUGGCUCGUCUCAGCAGCCUGGGCUCUUUGGGAUUGACUUUCUAUAGGCGAUUUUGUAUCUUUGUGGAGAAAUGUGUCACCUGCCCCCAACCCAAUUCACUCUUUUCUCCUGUUUUGUAAAAAAUAAAAAUAAACCCUAAUAACAACAACA